UCUCUCUCUCUCUCUCUCUCUCUGCAUCCAGCCAGUCAGCCAGUCAGUCUGCUUUUGCAUUUUUCCAUUCCCCUGCUCGUCCCCCGUUCCCCGUCAACUCCCCCCUCCCCUCGGGCCCCUUUAAAGCACCCCUCCUUGGUCUCCUGUGGUCCCCACUCUUCCAAUCAAUUCGGACGGGCCAGACCCAGAGCUCCAUGACCCGAGCCCCCGACUUUCAAACUUCGACGCUCCUGUGCUCCAACUACAAUUGCAUCCGGACCCCCCCCGCCAUUCUCCUUCGUCCCUUCCAGGUACCUUGUUGCGUCCUCUGGAAAUCGCGCCCAUCCACUCCCGAUAUAGAGUGAUUUGCACGGCAAUCCGCAGCCUCGAUUCCGCUACCUGGCUUUCGGACCUCACCACUUCUCCGCCAAACCAAACCCUCCGCCUCGCCGACAAUCUAUUUAACCUUGCUGUCGUCCCUUGCCGCAUGACGCGCCGAUUGCGAAGUACUCAGCCCGGCGGCCCUUCCUCAAAGGAAGACGACCAGCUGUUGAAGCUUUUCUCAACACAGCAAUUCGUCCCGGCACGUUUCUGUCAUCUGAAUUGAGCUGCCCUGCUCAGACAUCUCUCCCGCAACGAUACACACAACCGACAGCAACAAAGUCGCAGCUUCAGCUUGGCCAGCAAAGACACAAUGUCACGCCACAACAGGCAUCAUCAGUCCUGUCGUGAGCUCCAUGUCGUGGUGCUGGGUGCCGGAGGUGUUGGAAAGAGUUGCUUAACAGCCCAAUUCGUUCACAAUGAGUGGAUCGAGAGUUACGACCCGACAAUUGAAGACACCUACCGGACACAAUUACAGGUUGAUGGACGGCAAGUGGUCUUGGAAAUCCUCGACACCGCGGGCACAGAGCAGUUUGUUGCCAUGCGUGACCUUUACAUGAAAUCUGGCCAAGGCUUCAUUCUGGUCUUCAGCAUCACCUCAUCGUCCUCAAUGAACGAGAUUGAGAUGCUUCGAGAGGAAAUUACCCGUAUCAAGGACGACGACAAUGUUCCUAUCGUCAUCGUCGGCAAUAAGGCCGACUUAGAAGAGCAACGGUCCGUACCUAGACAAAGGGCUUUUGCGUGCUCUCAGAUGUGGGAUGCGCCAUACUACGAAACGAGCGCAAGGACACGAACCAACGUCGACGCCGUAUUUAUAGACAUUUGUCGCCAGCUUCUCAUGAAGGAUGAGAAAUUCCAAAACCAAGCCGCUCACGAAGAUGAAGACCACGAGUACGAGAAAAACCCAGGUCUCAUGGGUUUUGCAAAGCGGAAGCACCGAAGGCGCAGACGCCCUGACGGUCACCGAUGCGUCAUUCUUUGACCUGUCCGUCAUGACCUUCUAUCGACGACGCGAUUCGACUCCCGAAACGCCUUCUAGCCACGCAUCUCCCCUACAAGCGGAAGCAUGCGGCGCUUUCUGUUGUCAGCAUCCAAGGAUCCGACACUUCAUAUUCGAAUUCGAUGCAUUUCGCAGCCGGCAUUCAUACACUUCAAGACCCACAAAGAAAAGGGACGCACUCUUUCAGGCCCUGCAUGUUUCCUUUUACGUUUAUUUUUUUCGCACUCAAGACGACCUUGUCUCAUCGGCAAACCAUACCCUCUCAUGAAUUUCCGACAUCAACUUCGCGGCAAUGAAGUCCUCCAUCUUUGUUUUCGACACGGCCUUUUUGUACGCUUUACGACUUCAUUUCAAACUUCCAUCGAGGACAGCUGGAUGAAAGCAUGAGAGAUCAGUUUUGAUUCAUCCUCAAGCAUCGCAGCAGCAAGAUUCCCAACUGCAGAAAAAGAACUUGCGAUUUGUUCUUCAUUUUUAUUUACGACGGGACGAAACUUGGACAAAGACCCAUUCAUCACCCACAUCACAUAGCUUUCUUCAUUUCAUUUUUCCUCAUUUGAUGUUUUCUCUCUUCUUAUUUCACCUUUCAUGUUUUUUUUUUUUCUUUUCAUCAUACCUCUAGGGAAGGAGACAAAACAAAACAGUAGGACAAAGGGAUGGAGUUUUCACUUUCCAAAGAAAAAAACAAAGAUUUUAGGCGGGAUUCGGCUUCAUCGGGCGUUGGGGAAACAAACUGGCGUGUUCCUACAAAGGUAUCGAGUGAGCAAAGGUUGAGACAUUGCAGCUGUGGGGUCCCCAUCCAUUGUGGGAGGAGAAAUCUUGCUCUCUCUCUCGUAUCGUCUCCCCCAUACGGGGCUAGAAUUGAUGGUAUUCUUGGCCGCA